UUAUUACUUCAGCAAGUUUGCCACAUUCUCCUUAUGAAUUGAUUUUCCGAAUUAAAAACGUGAACUUUGGAUGCUAAAAGGUUUGGCAAUCCAUAUUAAUCAAAAUGUUAUAUUUUGUUCUAUUUGUUUUGAUUUGUACUAUUUUUGUCACUGCCAUAAAAUAUUUAAAUAAAGCUUCAAUAAAAUCGUUAAAGGGACGACAUGUAGUAAUUACAGGGGGUUCCAGUGGCAUAGGACAAGCAGUAGCUAUUUUAGCUGCUCAACAAGGUGCUCAUGUCUCAAUUCUAUCAAGAAACCAAGAUAAACUAGAUACCGCUGCCAAAAAGAUUGAAGAACAUUCAAAAAUAGAACAAAAAAUAUCCAAAGAAUCUGUGGAUGUUUCAAAUAAAAAACAAGUGGAAAGAGCUAUUUUAAAGCUAGAAGAGACUGUAGGACCCAUUUAUAUGCUGGUCAAUUGUGCUGGACAGGCAAUAUGUGGGAGGGUUGAAACAUUUUCCGAAGCAGAAAUUCAGCAAUUAAUCAGUGUUAACCUGAUAGGAACCAUAUAUCCAAUUCAAGCUGUACUAUCCAAAUUUAAAACUCGACGGGAGGGAAUAAUUGUUUUAACAGGGUCAGCUGUAUCUCUGAUGGGAAUGUAUGGCUAUUCAAUUUAUUCGGCAUGUAAAUUUGCUCUUAGAGGACUAGCAGAGUCUAUUUACAUGGAAGCAAAGCCUUAUAACAUACAGGUAACACUUGCAGUUCCACCUGACACUGAUACACCUGGCUUUGAAGAAGAGAAUAAAUCAAAACCUAAAGAAACAAGGCUAAUGUCUGAAUCUGGUGGUCUAUAUUCACCGGAAACUGUAGCUAAGCAUUUACUGGAAGAUGCUCUAAGUGGAAACUUCUUCAGCUAUGUUGGAUUUGAGAGUUUUAUAUUAACAACACUUUGUGUGGGAAUGUCUCCUUUUAAGUCACUUUCGGAUGUGUUAUGUCAGUUUAUUUUUCUUGGGCCCUUAAGAUUAAUAGCAGCUUUUUAUGUAAAACACUUUGAAGGUAUUACAACUAAAUGCUUUAGUGAAACUGUUUUGGAUAGUAAAAAUGAUUAAAUGUUAAAUUAGUUGUUGUUGAUACUUAAGAGAUGUGUUUAGUUUAAUAUUUUAUUGGUAUAAAUAAUAAAUUUGGAAAAUACUGUGUCA